AAUGGAAACGUAUAAAUGUGUCAAUGAAAGUGGGACAAGCAUUCUGACUUCCAUUACCGAAGAAAGAACAUUCAAGAUGUCCCGUUUUGCUGUUGUUGUGUUGUGCGCCAUGGCUUUCCUGGUCCAGGCUGUCCUUAGCCAGCAGUGCGGUUGCUCUUGCGGCAGCUCCGGUAUCUCUCUCGGCGGAAUCAGCUUGAAGUCAUCCGGCAUCUCAGGCGGCUCGAUCUCAAGCAAGAGCUACUCGUCCUCCGGGUCGUACGGCGGCGCGGGCACCGGGCGCGUCGGCGUGAUCGGCGACAUCGACGCGUGCGGCAACACCUGCGUGGAGGGAUCGUGCCCGUGCUCGGCGAGGUCUGCUUCGGCGGAUGCGUGCCCGCGUGCGGAUCCGUGUCCAUCUGCGGACAGUGCGGAUGCGGUUGCAAAAACUAAUUCUCACUAAAACUGUACAGGCAACGAAAGGAUUUUUUUUCAUAAUAAAUGCUUGAAGUUAUAUGUC